CCACUUCUCUCUUGUAUGGGCUACGAUGUAGAACAUGCAAACACACUUUUGAGAAGUAUUACGCAACCAGUCAAUAAUGCACUACGCUAAUAUAUCGAACCUAUAAUUCAAACGAAUGCGUUUGGAUACUGCCACAAUUAAUCCUGACACGAUUAAGGUAAUGCAGUUUCUGUGUUUGUUUCAAAUGACUGCAUUUAUAGGGACAUUUCAUCGCUGACCUUCACCAGUGUGAUACAACAGUUUCUUUGUCGAGGCCAUGAUUAGCAAUGCGUGAAUGAAUGAAUGGGGGAAACCACCAAUGCGAUACUAUACCAACUUUAAACAGAUCAGGUUCAGGUUACUAUAUAGACAUGGUGAACAUCGUACUUAUCCCGAGUGAAUUACGUUUCUAUGGUAACCAGUGAGAUUGGAAGAAUAGAUGAUGGAGGUUGGCAUCGCCUGGACUGAUAGUGAUCUGUGCUAUCGGCCUUGCAACAUCACAGAGAGCGACAGGGAGAAGAUAUUCCGGAUCUGGUUUGGUUUUGGAAUCGUAAGUUUGAUCGCUGUUCUUGCUAUCAUUGGACAUGCCGUGGUAAAGAGACUCUUCUUUACUUCAGAGGUUCGACCUUUGAUGCAUCUAUCCAUCGCUAACACAGGGUUCUGCAUAUGUCUUAUACUACUCACGUGUUUCUAUAUGUUUUCAUCGAAAAAUAACAUCGAGCGAACGACUUUUUAUCUGAUUACGCUUGAAGAGUUCUUUUACCUCAUCUCGUUCAAUCUGACUGCAAAUUAUACAAUAGUAGACUACGUCCGACUGAGGAAUAAACUGCGCAUGUCUGAGGAACUCCAAUUAGAGACCCAUUCUACAAUGAAGAGAACGUUAAGACUUACUUACGUGCUGUCGUGGGUUUUACCCCCUCUACUGUUGAUACCAGUCACAGUUGCUGUGCUAGCGGAGCCUGUGAAAAUACAACUCUGUUUAUUAUGUCCAUCUGUCAUAUACUAUCCAAUUAGUGAGCAACAGGACACAAUAUUUGAAAACGGCUUUCUAAAGAAUUACGGCAUCAUCUUAGUCAUUGCGGCGUUUGUAGUCGUAGCAAUAGUUAUGUCGAUUUUUUUCUCGUUAUCAUGGGGAAUAUGUUCCAAGUUAUCAAAGCGACAGAACACAGCUAUUGACGUAUAUGAGCAAACCACAAUCAGAUGGAUUCGCAGGAGGAUGUCAUUGAAUGUAUUUGGUUUCUUCUACUGCUGGACACCAACUUUUAUUCUUGCGAUACUUGUUCUGGCGGUUGAUCUUGUAAACCUGGAAAUAUCGAACUGUGCUCCACUAUUUUAUGUAUGGGCUGUGACUGCUCCUUGCCACGGCCUCAUCCUUGCAAUCAUUUACUUCGCCUCAAUUUACUACCAAAACACCCAGUCUCAGUUUCGGAGAACGAGGCGGCCCUUCGGGUCCCGGAUAUACCGAUUCUAUGGGACAGGCAGUCAGCGAACCAAAUGGCCCAGGGUUAGGACGCCCUCAUCGAGUGUAAGCGAGGGUAACCAGGUAGGGGACACGAAUUCGAAUGUCGGCGGGGCGUCGUCGCCUUCUAGUACAGCCUCGCCGUCUGGGAAUAAGAAAGUACAACGCCGCCCAAGUUUUCUCGGCUUGUUAAAGGCUCAAGAUAACGAACUCUCGAAGGGCGAUGGGGUUGACAAUUCCGUCACCUUUUGAACAAUGCAACACGAAUGACCUGUGUCAUUUGAAAAACCCAUGAGUCAUCAAGCUGGCCGGGAGUCCAUAGACUUUGAUGAAUAGCUCAAUAGCAACGAACUAUAUCAAGGAUACUGCCGUACCGAAAAACCAUGCAAUAAAGAGUGUUAGUCGGCACAGGUGAAUAAUAGCACAGAUAGAAAAUUGUUAAGUUGAUUUAAAAAAAUAAGAACCACUAAAGUUAUGGUCAUGUAUGGCAAUUAAACAGCACACGCAACCACUGGCAAUACGAAACACUCCAGCAUUGCAGUGGCCAAGUAACAAUCCACAACAAUUAUGUCAUUAGGGUAGCAUUCUACUUUGUUCAAUGAAGAUUGUUUUUAUGUAUUUUCUCUCUCUCUGAUAAAGAAUCAAACAAUGGGUAUUGUUUAACGUUAUCCCUAAGGUGAUUUAUGUCAUAAUUUAUGUCAUAAUCGCGUAAAUGCUCAGAUACUUUCCUGUUUACCUGCUGCAUGACGCACGACGUGGCUCUUUCUUUUGUUACAGUACUGUGAUGACUCGAAAUAACGAUGAAGAUUUCUAGUUCAUGUGGAUUCUUUUCAGGCAUCUUUUUUCCAUAUUGUAAAAAUGAAUUUGGAAAAAAAGAAACACACCUACUAGUUUCAUACUCAAUCUGAGAAUAAUACUUUAGACCUAAAGCCACAACUUAUGUUGCUAUGGUUGUUGUUUUCACUAUUAGCUAUUUAUUCUGAAUAUAACCAGUUUCUGUCAACAAUAUCCUAGCACUGAAAUACCCAAAUCUUUAUACAAGCGGAUGUAAUAAAUUCUGCUCAAAAGAUUGCCAAGAUUAAUGACCUGUGCCCCAGAAAAGGAAUGACUGACCAUUGUCCGAAAUACCAGUGCGAUGACAAUAACAGAUUUGUUGAUUCAAGAAUAUUUGAGAAUGCAAGGCAAUAUGAAGGUUAUGGGAAACAAUAUCUAUUCGGCGUUAGCAGUGUAUUAGUCUUUUAGUAUUUGCUCUUUUUUAAUUCAUUGGAAUCGGAGUAAGCAAAUAUGGGUGUUCCUUUAAAAGUAAAAGCAUACCAAACACUAAGAAAUAAGGAUGCAAUAGGGGUGCAGAUGUGCGUCCACCUAUACGCGUAUCAGGCAGAGGGUGCUGAUGUAGUAGAAUAGCUGUAUCUUUAUUUCUUAGUGUGCACAGUCUUUAUUUAUUCAUUUUCUCGUUUAAUCGUUCGUUUGGGGUUUUUUGUUCUUGUUUGGGGGAGGUCAGAGACUAAGGCACUAGUUAAACUUGCAAAUCUCAUCUGGAGUUAUGGUGAAGUGGGUCUUUCGUUUUUUAUUCGUGAACAUGUCAUUAUGUUUGUUGCCAUACUUGUUUAUAUCACAGAAUUUGGCAAAGUAAUAACAAAUCAAAUAGAAAAUUCUUGAAUUUUGAACGCUAUGAAUUCCGGAACAAGGAUAAGUUUUUUUCAUCAUCUGUACAAUUAUAAGAAUAAUGAUUAGAGACCUAACGUGAAUGAUUUUGAGGGAGAGAUUGGUAGAGAGAUAGUGAUGGAGAGGGCAUGCGAGAAAAAGAGGGAGAUAUAUAUUAUAUAUAUAUAUAGAGAUAAAUACAAAGAGAGAGGGGGAAUAUAGAAAAAGGUUGUGUGUGCGUGGGUGCGUGUUUGUGUGCGUAUGGGAUACAUUCCUAGAUUAUUCAGUUAAUACUAUCACCUAAGAUUGAGGUAUAGGGCUCACCAAUGUAUGCAAAUGAGCCAUAAGAAACUGAUUUUAUUGGAUCCCAUACCCCUUCUAUGUAAGCCGAUCUUAAUGUAAACAAAGUAAUAUUUAUGGCAAAACUUAUUGCCAGCAACGAUUUGGCACAAAUUCGAUUUGUAUGUUUUCUCGAUGAAAUCAAUGUGAUAUCUAUGAUAUUUUAUUAAAGUUAGAAGGUAUU